CUGCAAUGUCGAAUCACUACUAGUACCUACCGAUUCCACCUUGACUUAAACCCCCAGGCUCCAAGGUCAUUUCCAUCACCGAGCACUACUUCCAGCAUGGGCUUUCACAACAUCGUCGGCGCAGCGCUUUUGGGUGCUGCGAUCACGCCUCGCCAGCUUGCUCCUCUCCCUACCAUUACGACUGAGAUCGACUUCCCAGCGACGACCAGCGUUUUUGAUGGUACCUUCACGUUCAAUGGUCCAUUCACGCAAGGUGCAUUCGAACCUUUCGACGUGACAUUGACCAACUUCGAGGCGAUUGUCCCCACGACAGCUCCCAAUGGAGUGGUUGAGGACAUUACUUACACGAUCAUUGGAAGCCCCAUUGUGUCAGCUGUUGGGCCCACGAACCCCCCAGUCCCUCCACCAAACGGUCCUCUCACGCACGAUGUUUACGACAGCAUCUACAUUGGUUGCUUCGACCCCAACACGUACGGUCCUCUGCUUUCCGGUCCCAGCAUCGUAAUUGGCACCCAAGAAGAGUGCAAGGGUUUCUGCGACAGCAACCCCGCUGGCCCUUACAGGUACUUCUCGAUCAGCCCCAUCUCCAACUGUCAAUGCGGUCAGAUUCUUCUCUACUCCGGUAUCCCAAGGGGCCAGUGCACGACGCCGUGUACCGGCAACGUCACCCAAGAGUGUGGUGGCCCUGGUGGCGACACUUCCGUUUGGGAGAGCUACCCUAUCUAUGACCCUCUUCCUAACUAUCCUGACCCAUCUGCUCCUGGCGAUGGAGUUGACAACUACUGGCCUCACGUCAAGAAGCCCCACCACCCGCGUCCCAAGCCACACAAGCCCUACAAGCCCAGCCCGCCCAAGAAGGAGUACCCUACAUACGAGAAGUAUCCUACAUACGAGAAGUACCCCACAAAGGACGACAAGUAUGACACUGGAUACCCUACCCAUGAUUGAUCAAGGGAUUCUUCCUCUACGUAGGUGUGUGACGGAGUUAAUGCAAUAGGUAGCUGUGGUUUGAAGGAUUUUUAGAUAGCGUUGCUCUAUAGCCAUACAGACAACACCAGGUGUUCAGCAAUAAUAUCACAUCCAAGCGAA